GAGACGCCACAAUGCGGAUUGUUUUCAUCACCCUUUCCUGUCUUUCUGUAAUUCAUGGUGGUGGUCGUGGAUCGUCAGGCAAAGAGAAUGAUAAAGAUGGGGCAACAGAAAAACCCACACGACAUUUAUGUCAAAAUGUCUUCAACGAAUGCUAUCAAAGUAUCAACUGGACCAGCUGUUACGAGAAACUAAUUUCAACUUGUGAUAGAAAAGGACGCUUUUUCAUGCCGAACUUCAUUCAUCGGCGUGUGAAGGUAUCUGAACAGGCUGACGAGAGUCCCACUGAAAUGCACAGGGUUCACAUACCAUCCUCAGCUUUGCAGAAGAGUAAAGGAGGUGGCUCUCAGGAGGAGGAGGUGGUGCUGGUGACCACAGUGUUCAAGAGCACAUACUUUAUGCUGAGUCCCAGUCAAAGAAAAAGAUCCAGAUCAAGAUCAGGGUUCACUCCCAACCUGCCAGUCCACAGUCAGGGCAGUCCUCUGGGAGGGUUAGUCCUAUUCGUGAGGGCAGGGAGCCAUCCUGUCAAAGACCUCUCACAACCCAUCAAACUAACCUUUCAACAUGACAGACAGGCGAAAAGUGGGAUUUGUGUGUCCUGGCAGGAGUUACAGAACAGAACAGGUCAAUGGAUCACAGAUGGCUGUGACACCAGUGAGAGUGGGGACACAUUUGUUUGCAACUGCAACCACCUCAGUUUCUUUGCAGUGCUUGUGAACCCUGUGCUGUCAGUGGAUGAAGCUAAUUCUACAAAUCUUUCCUAUAUCACCUACAUUGGAUCAGCACUCUCCGUCUUUUUCACAGUCAUCAGCUUGAUCAUCUACCUAUGUCUACAACGGCGGCGUCCAGAGAAGGCCAUCAGUGUACAUAUGCAGCUGACCGGGGCACUGCUGUGCCUCCAUCUCAGCUUCCUGCUGUGCAGCUUCUGGGUGUGGCACCUGAGUGAGACUGAAGAGGGCUGGGUUUGCCGCUUCCUGGGCUUCUUUUUGCACUGGUCCCUGCUGGCCACCUUGUGCUGGACGGCCGUGGAGGGAUUCCACCUCUAUCUUCUCCUCGUCCAAGUCUUCAACAUCUACGUCAGGAGAUACGUGCUCAAACUCAGCCUGGUGGGAUGGGGUCUUCCCACCCUGAUUGCAGUGGUUUGUGGGAUUGCAGGUGUUUAUGGAAAGGACAGUCUGCAACACAAGGAUUCAGGCAACCAGAACUCAACAUCACAGAUAUGCUGGAUGAGCAAAGACUUCCCUCAGAGGCUUGUCGUCAGCUUCAUCACGACCGUGGCCUUUCCGUGCCUGGUGGUGCUUUGCAAUUCCUGUAUGAUGGGACUGGUGCUGUUUAAGCUCUGGCACGUAAGAGGAGACACUGGCUGGAAGCAGGAGAAGGGAGAGAAGAGGGCGAGGUUAUGGAAGGAUUGCGCCACAGUGCUGGGCCUCAGCUGUGUGCUGGGGUUGCCCUGGGGCUUAGCAGGCAGCACCUACAUGUCUCUCCCUGGGAUCUACCUGUUCACGAUACUUAACUCCCUGCAGGGUGUAUUUAUGUUCCUGUGGUCUGUUGCUUUGCUCUGCAAGUCUCGAUCUGACCACAACUCUUCCAUCAAAGACCCGUCCUCCUCUCAGAAAAUGAUGACUACUAGUUUCAAUAAUUGAUAUUCAACUUAUAUGUACAGCAUAUAGAUCCAUAGCCUAUAUUAGGUCUGUCUAUAUCUUGGAUAACUAUCUUUCUGUUUUGUUUUGUUUUUCAGUAAAGAUUAGAGGACUAUGCAUCA